CGUCGCCACAUGUUCAUUGAGAAUUGAAAGGCCAUUAACAGCUUGAAAGGGAUUUUUAUCUCAAAAUGCAGUUCAAAAACAUCGACGAUUUUGUAAUUCAGCAACUUGAGUUACUUAAUCUUGAAAGGGAUGCAGAAAUAGCUGAAAGUAGAAAAUUCCAAGAAACUUUUUCUGCCAAACAGCUCCAAGAAAAAGGAGUAUGCAUCUUAAAUUUAGUUGUUCAAGGUUUGCGAUCCGGUUUGUAUGGUAGAACUAUCGUAACGUUUGGCAGUAAAAUGGCUGGUAAAGAAUUACCAUCAUCUAACAUGAGUUCUGGGGAUAUUGUUGGGAUAUUUUCCAAUUCAAGCGCUUCACAACUAGAAAAAGAUCAAAUUUGUUCUGGCAUUGUCAGUUGUGUUAAGUCAGGCACAAUUGAAAUUGCUCUUGAUGGUGAAUGUGAAAACAUUGACUUAAAUGACAAUGAAUGCUACAAAUUGUUGCAGCUAGCAAAUAAUGUGACCUAUAAAAGGCUUAAAAUGGGAUUGAAUAGCUUGAAAAAUUACCAAGGCCCUGCUGCAACUCUUAUGAAUACCUUGUUUGGUGAACAGGAGUUCUCAUCAGCAAAUGUCUCUUUACCACCGGCCCUCUUAGGUUACAACAAUGAUCUUGUCUGGUUCAAUAAGAACCUGGACCGUUCGCAGAAGAAGGCGGUUGAAUUUGCGCUGAAACAACGAGAACUUGCAGUUGUGCACGGCCCUCCAGGGACAGGCAAAACUACUACCGUAGUAGAAAUUAUCCUUCAGACAGUAAAAGCAGGAAACCGAGUUCUUGCCUGUGCUCCGUCUAAUGUAGCAGUCGAUAACAUAUUGGAAAAACUCGUAUCAAAUUCAACCGUGAAAGCUAUACGUUUGGGACAUCCAACUCGGAUGCAAGAAGCCGUCCAAAAUAGAUCUCUAGAUGCUGUUCUUUCUAAUAGUGAAGCCCGUUCUAUCGUAAACGACGUUCGCCGAGAUCUCGAUGCUCAACUUAAACAAAUGACCAAAACCAAAAAGCGAGGACCUAUUUUUAACGAGAUUAAGAAUCUGCGGAAAGAACUCCGCGAACGCGAGACAAAAGCAGUCAAGGAAGUCCUCUCACAUGCAAAUGUCAUUCUGACGACGCUUACUAGUGCUACGCAAGAUGGACCUUUAAAGCAUUUGUUACCGGACCAUUUCGAUUACGUUGUGAUCGAUGAAUGUUCGCAGGCCACGGAAUCGGCAUGUUGGUUAGCAUUAACCCGAGCGCCGAGAGCCUUAUUAGCUGGUGACCACUUUCAACUGCCACCGACUAUCAUAUCUCCGGAAGCUGCACGCAGAGGACUCGGACUUACACUCAUGGAACGCAUCAUUCAACGUAAAGUGGACGGCAAAUCCUGCGUUCGCAUGCUGACGACUCAAUACCGCAUGCACAGUGAUAUCAUGCAGUGGGCGUCGGACCAACUUUAUCACGGCAAACUGGAGGCACAUCCAUCAGUAGCGAGUCACUUACUUAUGGAACUACCUGGCGUCGGAGACAACGAUGACACAAGAAUACCGCUUUUACUACUUGACACCGCGGGAUGUGAUUUCCAUGAAUCAGCUACAUCAGAAGAAGGAUCCAAAGCCAACAGUGGUGAGGCGGCUCUCGUUUUCUUGCACGUGCAGCGACUGGUUGAAUCGGGAUUACCAGCUCGAGAUAUCGCUAUCGUUACUCCUUACAACCUCCAGGUUGAACUGCUGAGACAAAUGUUAAGCGGAAAGUAUCCGCAACUCGAAAUCCGCAGUGUGGAUGGCUUCCAAGGCCGGGAAAAAGAAGCAAUUAUUUUGUCCUUAGUGCGAUCUAACUCGACCGGCCAAGUCGGAUUUGUGGCCGAUGUUCGUCGACUGAACGUGGCAUGUACUCGCGCCCGUCGGCAUCUCUGUUUAGUUACUGAUUCGAGCACAACAAGUCGCGCUACUAGUGGCUUGGUUGAGUACUUGGAGCAACAUGGAGAGGUCCGUUCUGCCCAUCAAUACUUACAGGAGAUGGAUAAUGUUGUUGUUCCCGAAAUCGGCAACCGUAUAACUGGAGAGGCGGCAAAACCACGCAAAGUCGUCACUCCUUCUACGAACACGAUAGAUAGCAACCAGUCAAAACAAGAAAAAGAAGAGAUAGCCGCUAAAGUCAAGGCCAUGUUGACCGAAUGGGCGGCCAGUGCCGAAUGUGGCGCCUCUUGUAUCAAAGAAUUCCCGUCGACAUUGACGGCCUAUGAACGAUUAAUAGUUCACCAGUGGGCCGAAGAGCACGGUUAUCAGCAUAGAAGCGUGGGAGAGAAUCAUAAACGCCGCAUUCAAAUUUAUAAAUCUGCUGUAACUAUACCACAACAAGCAUGCAAAGAAAUCCAACCGCCCGAAAACGAACAAUCUCACGCUAUCUCUUUUGACGCGUCCAUAUCUGUUAAGAAUGAUGCUGACGAAGUCUUGCCAAAGUUAGCCGAGAAAAUGGAAUUAAAAGAGAGUAGUUCGUCAUCGUCAAAGAAGAAAAAGAAUAAAAAGCAAAAGUUAGCUUCGGGAUCAGAGAAGCAAAAAGUACCAACUACGGAUAAGCAUUUUGUUCCAGCCACUUUAGCUGUCAGCGAGUGCGAUGACAAUAACGUCAAAUGCGAUGACUGCCAAAAACAAGUUCCAAAACAGAAUCUAGCUCUUCAUAGAUUACGUUGCACCGGGGCAGGUCCUACAGAGCAAGCAGUGAGACCAAAACCGAAACCAUCGAUCAAACCUUUACCAUCAAUGAUUCCCCCUGAUGGAACCAAAGACUUAAAUAGAAACGGAAAAGAAAAAGAUAUUGAUGAUGUCUUAUCUGAAUUCCGGAAAUUAGACAAUAUUUGUAAUUACUCCACCUGUAAAACGGGUAUAUCACUGAUGGGUCAAUUGUGCUUAUUCUGUCAACGACGCUUUUGUCUUUCGCACCAUCUUCCCGAAAUCCAUGGAUGUGGUGAUGCUAUUCGACGCCAGGCACGUAGCGUCACACUCAAACAAGGCUUUGUUGCACCUGGGUCGUUACCUGUUAAACCGAAAGUCAUAGAUACCGCCAAGCGUGCUCAUCUUCAACGUAAACUGGAGAAAAAAUUAGAAGAUAUGUCCACUCAACGAGCUGGCAAGAAAGAAGAAAAGAAGAAGAAAUAAAAAGUCACGUGCUGAAUAUUUUGAUGGGGCAAAAAUCCAUUAAUACGUGCUUUUUUGUAUU